CGGAUCAAAUUUCUCCACAAGAAACAUAAUCAAGUUACAUUGCCUCCUCUCUCUCUCUCUCCCUCUCUCUGAGAGUCUCACAAUGCAACAAAAAUCAUGGAUUAUCAUCAUCGCAACGAUCUGUGCAACUCUAGCGCAAGUAUGCUUAACACUGGAGUCUCCUUCAGGAGAUGACAAAAUUGUCAGCCUGCCAGGGCAGCCAGUGGUCAGUUUCCAGCAAUAUGCAGGAUACGUAAGCAUUGAUGAAAAGCAACAGAGAGCUCUGUUUUACUACUUCGUUGAAGCAGAAACAGAACCGGCUUCAAAGCCUCUUGUUCUUUGGUUGAAUGGGGGUCCUGGCUGUUCAUCGAUCGGAGCUGGAGCAUUUUCCGAGCAUGGGCCUUUUAGACCAAGCGGAGACAUUCUGGUCAGAAAUUCUUAUAGCUGGAAUAAAGAAGCAAAUGUGUUAUACCUGGAAUCGCCAGCAGGAGUUGGAUUCUCGUACUCUGCUAACAAAUCCUUCUAUGAUUCGGUGAACGAUGAACUCACAGCACAAGACAACCUAGUUUUCCUUGAGCGCUGGUUCACAAAAUUCCCGGAGUACAAUGGCAGAGAGUUUUUCAUCACAGGGGAGAGCUAUGCAGGACACUAUGUUCCACAACUUGCAAAUCUCAUUAUUCAAUCUAAAGCCAAAUUCAAUCUAAAGGGUAUAGCUAUAGGGAAUCCUCUGCUGGAGUUCAAUACUGAUUUCAACUCCCGGGCUGAGUUCUUAUGGUCUCAUGGAUUAAUAUCUGACUCAGCUUAUGAAAGUUUCACUUCAGUCUGUAAUUACUCCCAAAUCAGAAGACAAUAUGCAGAUACUGGCUCUCUCACCCCUGUUUGCUCCAAAGUAAUGAGCCAAGUUUCAAGAGAGAUUAGUCGCUUUGUGGACACAUAUGAUGUCACUCUUGAUGUGUGUUUAUCAUCGCUUCUUUCACAAUCCGAAGUGCUGAAUCAACUGCAAGACACAGACAAAAUAGAUGUUUGUGUAGAAGAUGAAACAAUCAAGUACUUGAACAGGAAAGAUGUGCAGCAGGCUUUCCAUGCUCGGCUUAUUGGUGUCACCACAUGGGGUAUUUGCAGCGAGGUCGUCAAAUAUGACAUGCAAAAUCUAGAAAUCCCUACCAUCCAUGUGCUGGGUGUACUUCUCAAGUCUGGCAUCCGGGUGUUGGUAUACAGUGGAGAUCAAGAUUCGGUUAUCCCGCUUAUUGGGACACGGACACUUGUAAAUGGAUUGGCCAAGGAGUUGGGACUAAAUACAGUUGUGCCUUACAGUGCCUGGUUUGAAGGAAGACAGGUUGCUGGAUGGACACAAGUAUAUGGUGAAGCUUUAUCUUUUGCCACCAUUAGAGGAGCAUCUCAUGAAGCUCCAUUUUCACAGCCAAAGAGAUCACUUGUGCUAUUGACUUCAUUUUUGGCAGGAAAGCCACUGCCAGAAGCACUCUCAUAGAUAGAGCAAGUUCAUUACUAAAUGUCAAAGUAAUCCUAUUCCUUUCGCAUUUCUAGACUACAGAAGAGGCUAUUCUCUCAUUUCCUAACCUUUUUUCACCAAUUUCUCAUUGAAUACCAAGUUAUUUUAAUGGAUUAUGUCUUUAGCCAUUAAUUGUCCAGCACAAAAAUUCUCAAAACAAGCAAUGAUCGUUGUCUUUGUAUGAUGAUCGUAAUUGUAUAGCUGAUUUCGGACGUCCAAG